AUGAGGUUAAUGUUAUUAUUAUCAGGUUUGUUUUUUUUGGUUUUGUUGUUGAAGUGUGCUGUGGUGCUGGGUGAUACCGAUAGUGAUCAUGCUACAAACGUGAUUACGUGGGACGAUUUCAUGGUGGAUGAACAAGGUACAACAUCAAACGUUGGUGGUCGAGUUAUUGUGGUCGAUCAAAGUGGUAACGGAGAUUCAACAACGGUUCAAGGAGCUGUCGAUAUGGUUCCUCAAAACAACAAACAAAGGGUCAAGAUAUACAUUUAUCCUGGAAUUUAUAGAGAAAGAGUGCAUGUGCCGAAAAGCAAGCCGUUUAUAUCAUUUAUAGGAAAACUUAAUGUAACAAUGAAUGCAAAUAUAGAGGCGAUAGGGAAUGGCCUUGGCACAGUUAUAAUCACAAACAGUACAAAGGCAUCAGACAAAGACUCCAACGGCCAAGAAAUGGGCACCAUUAGUACAGCAACUCUAUGGCUAGAAUCUGAUUUUUUUUGCGCAACUGCUCUUACAAUUCAGAAUUUGGUAGACAAAGAUGCAGAUAAACGUCAAGCAGUAGCAUUGCGUGUAGACGGUGAUAAAGCCGUAUUCUAUGGAGUUAGGCUUGUGGGGGAGCAAGACACCCUUCUUGAUAACACAGGAAUCCAUUAUUUCUAUCGAAGUUACAUUCAAGGAUCUGUUGAUUUUAUAUUUGGCAACGCUAAAUCGUUGUUUCAUGAGUGUGUUCUAUACUCUGUAGCUGAGUUUUGGGGAGCAAUUGCAGCUCAUCACAGGGAUUCAGAAGAUGAAGAUACAGGCUUUUCGUUCGUUAAUUGCACAAUCAAAGGAACCGGUAGUGUCCUUCUUGGUAGAGCUUGGGGGAACUAUGCAACAACAGUAUAUUCAAACUGUGACAUGGAUGAUGUUGUUAAUCCCUUGGGAUGGAGCGAUUGGGAUGAUCCAUCAAGACAAGAGACUGCAAUGUUUGGGGAGUAUGAGUGUUCAGGAAAAGGAUCAAACAGAAGUGAGAGGGUGGAAUGGUCAAAAGCUCUAAGCAGAGAAGAAGCAAUGGCUUUUCUGAGCAGAGACUACAUAUAUGGAGAUGGAUGGCUUAGACUAUAA